CCGUCACAAGGGGGGCUCUCUGAAACCCGGGAAUCCCAUUGGCUUCUGGGCGGUGACGGGCAGUUCGCUCCCGCCCCCCAUGCAGCUUGCCUGGGUGUAGGCGAGCAAGAGUGUGAAAGUGCCGCCGGCUCGGCUGGGCUGCGCCGACCGCCCCGCGCCAGCGCCCGCAGGAGCGCGGCCAGGCGGGCUGCCCCGGCCCCCGCCGCGCCGCGGACCAUGGCCCGGCCGCCCCCGCUGCCGCUGCUCCUCGCCAUCGCCGCCUGUGCCUCGGCCGCCACCAGCGAAGUGAACUUGCUGGACACAGCAAUGAUCCCCGGGGACUGGGGCUGGCUGACCUACCCAUCGCACGGGUGGGAUUCUAUCAAUGAAAUGGAUGAAUUUUUCACCCCUAUCCACACCUACCAAGUCUGUAAUGUCAUGACCCCAAACCAGAACAACUGGCUGCGCAGCAAUUGGGUCCAACGGGACGGUGCCCGUCGGGUUUAUGCUGAGAUCAAGUUCACCCUGCGGGACUGUAACAGUAUGCCUGGGGUGCUGGGCACCUGCAAGGAGACAUUCAAUCUCUACUACCUGGAGUCGGACCGGGACCUGGGCACCAGCACCCGGGAGAGCCAGUUUGUGAAGAUUGAUACCAUAGCAGCCGACGAGAGCUUCACCAGCGUAGACCUGGGGGUCAGGCGGCUCAAGCUCAACACCGAGGUGCGGGGCGUGGGACCCCUGAGCAAGCGGGGCUUUUACCUGGCUUUCCAGGACAUAGGGGCCUGCAUUGCCAUCGUCUCUGUCCGGGUAUACUACAAGAAGUGCCCCGCGAUGGUCAGGAACCUGGCGUCCUUCUCCGAGGUGGUCACCGGGGCGGACUCCUCCUCCUUGGUGGAGGUGCGGGGCGAAUGUGUGAGGCACUCUGAGGAGAGAGACACCCCCAAAAUGUACUGCAGUGCUGAGGGGGAAUGGCUGGUGCCCAUUGGGAAAUGUGUGUGCAGCGCCGGCUACCAAGAGCAGAGAGAUUUCUGUGUGGCCUGCGAGCUGGGAUUUUACAAGUCAGCCCCUGGUGACCAGCUGUGUGCAAAGUGCCCCCUGCACAGCUACUCAGAGAGCCGGGCUGCACAGGUGUGCCGCUGUGACAGCAGCUACUACCGGGCAGCACAAGAUCCCCCAUCUGCGGCCUGCACGCGGCCCCCCUCUGCUCCUGUGAACCUGGUCUCCAGCGUGAAUGGCACCUUGGUGACACUGGAGUGGGCCCCGCCCCUGGACAAAGGGGGGCGCACUGAUAUCACGUACAAUGUGGUCUGCAGACGCUGCACAUGGGAACAGGGCCAGUGCGAGGCGUGCGGCAGCGGGAUCCGCUUUGUUCCCCAGCAGAUGAGCCUGGCGCAGGCUGCCCUCACCGUGGCCAACCUUAUGGCCCACAUGAACUACUCCUUCUGGGUGGAGGCUGUCAAUGGCGUGUCCAACCUCAGCCUGGAGCCCAAGAGAUUUGCCGUUGUCAACAUCACCACGAACCAGGCAGCCCCGUCCCAGGUGGUGGUGCUUCGCCAGGAGAACACGGGUCAGAACAGCGUCACACUGCUGUGGCAUGAGCCAGACCAACCCAACGGCAUCAUCCUGGAGUACGAGGUCAAGUACUACGAGAAGGACAAGGAAAUGCAGAGUUACUCCACUCUAAAAUCCAAAGGCACAAGUGCGACUGUCUCUGGGCUCAAGCCUGCAACCCGCUACAUCUUCCAGGUUCGGGCCCGGACCUCUGCCGGCUGUGGGAGGUUCAGCCAGAUGGUGGAGGUGGAGACCGGGAAAGCAAUAGCUCUCAGAUAUGACACCAUGACAAUCAUCUGGAUCUGCCUGACCCUGAUAACUGGCCUUGUAAUCCUGCUGGUGGUUCUGAUCUGCAAGAAGAGGCACUGUGGUUACAGCAAGGCUUUCCAGGACUCAGAUGAGGAGAAGAUGCACUAUCAGAAUGGCCAGGUGAAGUUCCCUGAGUCAAAGUUCUACGUGGACCCACACACGUACGAGGACCCCUGCCAAGCUGUGCACGAGUUCACACGAGAGAUCGAGGCCUCAAGGAUUAAAAUUGAGAAAGUCAUUGGGUCCGGAGAAUCUGGGGAAGUGUGUUAUGGCCACCUGAAAGUGCCAGGGAAGAGGGAGCUUCCCGUGGCCAUCAAGGCUUUGAAAGCAGGUUACACGGAGAAGCAGAGACGAGACUUCCUGAGCGAGGCCAGCAUCAUGGCGCAGUUCGACCACCCCAAUGUUAUCCACCUGGAGGGUGUGGUCACCAGGAGCAAAUUAGUAAUGAUUGUAACCGAAUACAUGGAGAAUGGCUCACUAGAUUCCUUUCUCCGGAAACACGACGGGCAGUUCACCCUCAUCCAGCUGGUGGGCAUGCUGAGGGGCAUUGGCGCCGGCAUGAGAUACCUCUCCGAUUUGGGCUACGUGCACCGGGACCUGGCUGCCCGUAACGUUCUUGUUAACAGCAACUUGGUCUGCAAGGUGUCCGACUUCGGCCUGUCGAGAAUCCUCGAGGAUGACCCGGACGCUGCGUACACCACCACGGGGGGGAAGAUCCCCAUCCGCUGGACGGCCCCCGAGGCCAUCGCGUACCGCACGUUCUCCUCAGCCAGCGACGUGUGGAGCUACGGCGUCGUCAUGUGGGAGGUGCUGGCCUAUGGGGAGCGGCCCUACUGGAACAUGACCAACCGGGAUGUCAUUAAUUCAGUGGAGGAGGGCUACCGCCUGCCUGCUCCCAUGGGCUGCCCUACAGCCCUGCACCAGCUCAUGCUGGACUGCUGGCAGAAGGAUCGCAGCGAGCGGCCACGCUUCUCCCAGAUUGUCAGCAUCCUGGACAAGCUCAUCCGCAACCCUGAGCAUCUCAAGUGCACAGCCACAGUGAACCGGUUCACCCAAACUCCCUUUGACAGAGGUUUCUUUGAUUUCACGAGCUGUUUCACCGUGGAGGACUGGCUGGAUUCCAUCAAACUGGGACGCUAUCGGGAGAACUUUGCUGUGGCGGGGUAUUCCUCGUUGGGGAUGGUGAUGCGGAUGAACAUCGAUGACGUUCGGAGCCUGGGGAUCACCCUCAUGGGGCACCAGAAGAAGAUUCUGAGCAGCAUCCAGAUCAUGAGGUCUCAGCUGCUGAACACCAGUGGCCCCAGGCGGCAUCUCUAAUCGCCAGCUCCCCAGACCCAGCAGCUGGCAGUCCAAAAGCACUGAUCCUGGCAGAGUGGCGAGCAAAGCCAGCGGGAGAAGCGCCGAGCCAGAACCUCGAGCCACUGUGGCUUUCUGUUGCCUUGCUGUGAGUCGCGCUCCCAAGGGAAAGUGGAAGAGCUUUCCAGGUACAUUGCUGAAUCUGCUGGCUCCUUCCUCCGGCUGAAGGUAGGAGCAGCCUCCAGAGCAGGGCAGGCCACUUCAUUUUCCAUCCUGUAUCCCUGCGGGGCGGGGGCUCCUAGCAUGGCCUAGCUAGGGGCUGUGCAAUAGAAGGGAGCAGCACUACCGAGCUGCUCCAGCAAGCUAACCACACGGGGCGUGCUGACCAGGCUGGGCCCUGCAAAGGGAGUUGCACUGACUGGCAGCGAUGGCGGGAGCAGCCGGGCAAGUCUCUUCCAUGCGCUGCUGCCAACUGUGUCUGAGCUGCUAUUGUACUACCUGGAGGCUUAGCUGGAUCUCUGAGCCUAGCAGGGCCUCCCACACCAUUGCAUGGCAGAGACAGCAAAGCGCCCGCUCCCACCACCCUGUGAGGGUUCCUGCUCUACCCAGGACCUCCAGACCAGCCCCUCCCUCACCUCUGCCCACCAUGAGGCUACCAGGGUCAUUGCCACUGCUCUCAGGAGAGUCACUGGAAAACCGGACCAUCUUGAGCCUCCUGCGGUAGUUUCUACUGGUGCUGUGAGCGGAGGGGACUUCCUUGGAGCUGGGGAGAGGGGCCCAGGAGCGCUGGCGCAUGCUCGGGGAGAUGUGAGAAGUGCUGUCAAAGGAGAACCCGGAAUCCGCUAGGAAGUCACCACUUCCUGAAUGCACCAGCACUGAACCUAGCACAGGCAGGCCAGGGCGAGGGGAGAGCAUGUGUCUUAGGGCUACACGCUCAGGUUUUCCUCCGGAGCAGAGGUCAGUCUUGUGCCGCAUGAGGGGCCGUGUCCCCUCUCACGGUCCUGUCACAUCUUCUUCCGCGUCUGAGGGGGCUGUAUUGAACUCUGUUCCUACAUUGCCUACAAACAGCCAGGGGCUGCCCGCAGCCAGUCUGCCUCACUGUGUUCACAGAGCCUGGCCAAGCCUCCCCUGGAGAGAGUCACCAGCGGCACCGCUCCCAGCAGCACGCCGAGCUGCGAACACACAAUGCCCCUGCCCAAGGCUGUGCUCAGCUGUCAGAUCCUGGCUGCCCAGCAGGUGAGGGCUUCUCCACGCCACCCUGACAGGAGCUGCGCCAGCUCCCUGCUUGCGCCCCCUGCUGGUGAGCGCGCCCCUGGCACGAUGCGGGACUUUGGAAGGCAGCAGGCCAGUGCACUGAGGUUGUUGGACGCACUGAGCUGUCCCCAGAGGCAGAGACUUGCUCGAAGCGGAGGGACUGGCACAGGCUGGAGAGGAAAGCGGGCCUCUUGCUCCCCUUUGUAAAUACGAUUUUCUACCGUGUUCAAAGCUGGUUUACUAUGUCUGACUUUAGACACGCAAAAAUGGUCUCAAAGCACAGAAAGCCCAGCCCAGAGGCUGGCCGCGCUGCCAAGACUCUUCAAGGGGGCGUGUAGCCAGAGCUCACUGAGGGGCCCCACCCCGUGGGGCAGGGGCGAAGAGCUCCACCCAAUGCUGCUGUUACUUGUGUGUCUGAGACCCAUGCCAGUUCGCAGGCGAGGCCAGAGUCCGCUCUCAGUUAUGGCAGAGGAAAUCCAGAGGCACUCCGUUGGUCCCAGUAGGGAUACUCUGGAUUUACACCAGCACAUGUGACAGCAGGAUUUGGCCCGAGGUCGCCUUCCAGCAGCGCCAGAUGAACUGGAGGAUGGCGGGAUGUGGGGGGAGGGGUUAAAGCCAUUUUCCAAUCUGCAAUAAUCCUGGCUAAACUAAACCCUCCCUGGGCUUGGUUUAGUUUUCUAUCCAGGGCGUCUACAUCUCAAUUCUACUCUAGGACUGUAUCGUGGGCACUCUACUGCUUCCUAUGGAAGCUCUUCCGAACGAGGGCUAGAUGCAGUAUGUGGUUCUAGGUACAUUGCACCCUCUGUGCACGCAGACCCCUCACGCGCCAAUCCUGGGGUCUGUGUACUCGGAGCUUUACGCAGCACACGGAAUGCCCGGGGGAGGGUGCUGGCUGGGCCUUACCCACCCUGCGGCACAUGGGAGAUAUAAGGGCAGGAGGGUUCUGGAUAGAUCCUGGUUCCCAGAGGGCAGAGGGUUCCUGGAUGGUCCCUAGGGACAGGGAGGGUUGCUGGAUGGGUCCUGGUACCCAGGGGAUGGGGGGUGGGGUUGCUGGACAGCCCCAACCCCUGGCGAUGGGAGUUGCUGGAUGGGCCCUGGUACCCAGAGGAUGGGGGGUUGCUGGCCAGGUGCUGGUCCCCGGCAGAGGAGUGUUGCUGGAUGGGCCCAGGUCCCCAGGGACAGGGAGUUGCUAAAUGGCCCUUGCCUCUCUCUUCCUUGCCCUUCUUUUAUAGUCUGAGUCUGCACCUCUUCCUGGACAAUAAAAUUGUUCCCAUUG